AGAUGUACAGUACGUCUCAAACGUCUUGAACCUGUUAGUAGUGUGGUCCAAAGCCUGGUGUGUCCAUAACUGGGCUUGGCUAGUUUGUCUCUAAGUGAUCAGUUUCCCAGAGAUUUUAAGCAGGGAAGAUGUCCAAGUCUCCCUCCCAUCUGGGUCGACCCGGAUCAGCAGGGUCUAAGAGCCACAGCUCCAGAAAAGAGCUGCAGGGUAAUCGCUCAUGCAUGCUGAGAAUCGGAGAAAGACUGAUGAGGGCAGGCAGUGAGGGGAACCUGGUCCAGAGACCCAUACCAGCCCAGAUCCAGAUCCAGACAUCCUCAGCUGGAUUAGGGCAAGCAUUGAAUGGACAGACACAACUUCCAGUCCUGGAGGACACACCCACUGAGCCUACAGGAAAUGACUUCAGCAAUGGAAACUCCCCAUCUAGAGGCUCUUCUUCCUCUUCUUCUUCUACUGCUGUGGACAGCAGCACUGAGCGUCUGCUGCAGAAGAAACAGCACACCAACAGCAGUGUUCUUUGUAAUCUGGACUUCUCCUCCUAUGGUUCAGCUCCAUGCUCUCCCAGCGCCUUACCUCGAAGCCAUGCCAGCAGUAGAGACAGUCAGGUGGACAGCCAGCUGAUGCAGCACUCAGAUGUGAAGAGAAAGAAAGAGGUGCUCAUGGACCACCUUAGACAGAAGUAUCCUCAGCAAGCUGCCAUUAUCAUGAGACACCAGGACCGCGUGAAGAAACAGGUGGGAAGUUCCCGGCCCUCUGAAAGCCCUCCCAGUGCUGGUGUACUGGGCUUGGCAGAGCAGCAGGACCCUCUGGCUUUAGAGGCCAUGUCUGAUGGAAAGGUGCUGCCCCCCACAGUCCCCUUCUCAAGGGGCUGUAAAGCUAGGGCAAGUCUACCUGUGAGACGAUCGAGUGACCCUCAGACAAGAGAGAGGCCUCUUGGUGUGUUGUACCUGCAGUACAGGGAGGAGACAAAGCAGGUCAGGAUGCCGGCUGAGAUCAGCAGUCAGGAUGCUCUGCGGGUUCUGUUUGUCACCGCUUUCCCCCAUCAGCUCACCAUGAAGAUGCUGCAGUCCCCCAAUACGGCCAUCUACAUCAAAGACACUAGCCGCAAUGUCUACUACGACCUGGAGGACAUGAGAAACAUCACAUCCCACUCCUGUCUCAAGGUUUAUCAUAAAGAUCCAGCACAUAUGUUCAACCCCCAUGCCAGACCUGCCAGCACAGAGCUCUCCAAAGAGGUGUUGUACGGCAGUCACAGUCCUGUCCACACCUGGUCAUCAUCCAGCCGCAGCACCAUGCACAGUCUGCAGAGCUCCAUGUCCCCACCCAUGGUCCGCUCCAUGCCCUCAUCUCCCUCCAGGAUUCCCUAUGGUGGGGGCAACCCAAGGACAUCAGUAGGGCUGGUGGAUCCAGGCAGUGCCACGUUACCACGGGAACGCCUGUCAGGAGUGAGGCCAUCCAGUGCCCUAUGCACCAACAGCAGCUCCAUACUGGAGAGGAGAGACGUCAAGCCAGAUGAGGAUGCUGCCUACAGUAAGAGCAUGGCCCUGGUGGUGCGUGGUGAAGGAGGACAUUAUCCAGACUCCUACUGCUCCUCACUGCAGGACCGGGGAGGAGGAUGUCUCAGCAUGGCUUCCCAAUGCAGCGCUCCUCCCUCUCUCACUGCAGACAUGGUGGAUGCUGGAGUCACUGGAAUCCCAGGUGUGAUGCAGCAAUACCGGGCCACCAUUAAGCCCCUGAUUGGUUACAGAGAGAGCAUGGAGCACCAGACCCGUUCCCUCCAAAGGCAGAAGAGCAGGAAGUAUGGAAACAGCCAGUUUCCUCCACUGGGAACAAAAACCUUGCCCCCUUCCCCUCACAGAGUCAGUGAAGUCAGGAUGAUUGACGGACAGAUCAUUGGAGGGAUAGGCCUGGUGUCUCCCGAGAGGAUGUCACCAGUUCGCCGAUCUCUGCGGCGGGACAGUAACAGAGCCACAGUGGAGAUCAUAAACAGAAGCAGAGCAAGUGGCUCAUCAUCCUCUACCUCGUCUGUUUUUGUGGACAGCCCUGUGGGACAACCUGAGAGAGCGUUUCAGGGUCACGUGACUGCCAAUGAUGCCCAGAGUGAGAGAAUAAAAGCCAUGGAGGAGCAGAUAGCCAGUCUGGCAGGUCUGGUGCAGCAUGCUCUGUCUGUAGGAGGAGAUAUUCCAGCAGUGAAAGAUGCUGUCAGUGAGACUUCUGCACACAAACUCCUCAUACCUGGAACGUCUUCUGAGCCUCAGAAUGCUGCUGCUUUGAUUGACAGCUCCAGCCACACCCCCCUGGCUCUUCAGGUCCCUCCCUCUGACUGGAGGUUGCGGCAGAGCUUGGUGUUAGCAAAGGGCAAUGUGAACGAGCUCCGACUGCAACUCAACCAACUCCGACUCUUACAGCUGUCCAACCAGGAGAGUGUGAGCUCCAUGCUGCGAAUGGCGGGUCAGGAGCUCAUGGUGUUUAUGUGUGAUCGGUUGGCUCAAUCUGAGGAGACAGUGUACAGACAGAGAAGUGAGAUGGAGGAAGAGAUGAGCCACUAUCUGGCUAAGGAGGAAAGAAUACUCACAGAACUCAGUGAACUGGAGGACUAUGUGGACCGUUGGCAAAGAAGCUCUACCUCUAGUCCUGGCCAGCUGUCAAUCACUCUGAGAGAUGUGGAGGAGGGAGCAGUCAACCUGCGGAAAGUUGGAGAAGCUGUGGCCAUUCUUAAAGACAAGUUUUCAGAGCUGCAGUUGCGCUCAGUUCUGAGGCUGGAGGUGGAGGUGGUGCGUUUCCUGAAGGAGGAGCCACAUAAGAUGGACUUAAUGUUAAAGAGGGUGAAAGCCCUGACUGAAGCCCUGAGUGCCCUUCGCAGGUGUGUGUCAGAUUCAGCUCCAACCACCACGUCAGCCCAGGAUGAGGUUGGCCCGGCAGGGUCAGCCUCCCCCAUCUUGUUCCGAAGAAUGAAGAGUGGUGCAGCCACAAUGAUCCAGCCCUCCCAUCAUCACCCCAACCCCCCUCUGACUCCCACUCAUGGACGAGACUCACCCUCUGCUGCAAAGGUGAGUCCUUGCAACAGAGAGGGCAGCCCUGGCCUGCAGAAGACAGUGGCUCCUCUGCAGUCUGACCAGCUGGGCAGUUCAGCAGGUGGAAGCAGUCAACCUGCACAAACACCAGCACUGGAGAGCCACACUGACCAGAACCCCAACACACACACACACACUGAGACUGCAGAGAGAAGACAAACUCCAGAGGGCCAGAAAACCAGCAGUGUGAACCCCACCAGUACCAGCCAAGCCAACCAACCACCCAACUUUGACUCCAGUCAGCCUCCACCCUGCAACACUAACACAGACUUUAAUCAGGCCCAGCAGGAGGACCAGGCCAGCCUGAUGAAGUCUGAUCCCACAGAGGGUCACUCUAAUUCAGCCUCCACACUGAUAUCUUCCACUGCAUUGAAAUCAGAGAAGGAUGCGCCGCAAGCGUCAGUGGAGCAGCAGCCACCUCUGUCUGAUACCCAGGAAGACAUACCUCUUAAGCUCAGGGAUGAGGUGGACUCUGGCCAGUUAAAAUCCCAAGACACAGAUAUGUCUCCAGCAGGACCCUCACAGCAUCCUGCAGCCACUGUGGAGCCUCCUCUAACAGCUCCUCCCUCAGCUCUUCCCAAUGCAGAGUGCACCAGUGGGCCACAGGUGGAGAAACCUUGCUGCUGUACUGUGGACAAGGAGGUAAAGCAGAGUCCAGAUAUGGAACAACAUACCAGCAAGUCUUCUCCACCUCCUCCUCCACCACGAAGGUUCCAUACUGUCAGUUCAGGUCUUACCACAGGAAGGUCAGGAGAGGUGAUUUUCACCACCAGGAAAGAGCAAGUUGGAGCCCAGGAUGAGAGGGAGAAAGAAAAAGAACCUUCUGUGGUUCCUCAGCCCAAACCCACAAGACAGCCACCAGAAGUCAAACCCAAACCCAAAGCCAAACCACAAAUGUGUCCUCCUGCACUGGCUGGUUUCAGGUCGACACCUGCUACAGCCUCAGCCCACAGGAACAAGGAGGAAGAGGAGCAGGACAACAAAUUCAUGAAAGAACUGCAGGUGACUACAGACUUGUCAAUAUAUAAUAAUUUGCCAGGUGGAAAUAAACAAUGGAAAGGAAAGGCGAGGACACCUCCAACACCACAGGUGGCCAAUCAGAACUCUUCUGAGUUAGCAACUUUGAGCAACCAGUUAUGUCCCCAGCUUAAAAUUACAAAUGGAUGCCCCCAUAAACUCAUAACACAAGUUGAACAAGAAGAUCACAAUGAAAUUGGAAAAAACAGUGAAUGUCCUGAGAAGGAGAAGAAGGGAGCAGAGGAGAAGGUGACACAUGCCUUAAAUUGUGUGACAGUAGAGAAGGUGGAAGUACCCCCUCCUGUAGCUAUACAAGAUGUUCAGACUGUCCAUAAGAAUGAGGAGGUGCGAACACAAAGAAAAGCAGAGAAGGUGGAGGUACUAAAUGAUCUUAGUGUAGUUACUUCCGAUCAGAUGAACAAGGAGGUUGAGCAGGUGUUCUAUCCAACCACAGCAGAAAAAAAAGUCAAGUUUACAGUUGCUCUUCUACAAAAAGAAAACAUUCAAGCAACUGGCAUCACAAGCCCUGACCAGACAAAUAAAAAUGCUAUCAAAGAGGUACCAGCUGAAAAGAAGGUGAAUGUAAAGGUACAGAAAGAACACACCAUGGAGGAUGGCUCAAUAGAGUCAUCACCAAAGUUUCAGGAGGAUAUGUCCCUGAAUUCGGAUUCAGAGUGUGUAGCUUCUGUUCCAGUCCUGAAAGUUUCACCCAGCUUGACUUACAGUAAUGGUAGCAAGCAGCAGAUCCAGGAGGCAGCAGUGCAGGUAUCCAGUGAGCAAUCACAAUACAGAGAAGAAGGAGGUAGCCUAAACCCUAAUAUUUGGGAUGAUGAGGGACCUCCUCCACCACCUCCAGCUGGUAAAGUCAGCUUGAGAAUUUCCAAGAGCAAACUUAGGACACAGUCCAAAGAGGAAGACCAAGCCAAAAUGAGUGGCUCUGACUUCCAGACUGGAACUGGAGACAGCGCCGGUGAAUCCACUUAUCUGGUACAUGAGAACCAUAGUUUUGAGGGCAGUGAUGACAAGUCACCUAUUAUUGUUAUCUUGAAUGAGCCUGUAGACAUUUAUUCAGCCUACAAGCGUCUCUCCACCAUCUUCGAAAGUGAGGAAGAUCUCAAUGGGAUUCUCUCUCCAGAAUGUAUUGUGGACAGUGAGGAGAGAAAACAGGAAGAACAAAUACAGCAGGUGAGACAAAACUGUCUCGCUCAAUUAAACUGUGACAUAGGCCAUACAGACAUCACAGGAAAUGGACAGGAUUUUCUGCAGCAUCAAAGACCUUCAGCAGAUACUGGCUCAGUUCCUGAAAACCAAGACCAGAGUAAGCCAGAAAAGAUGGAGACCAAAAGGAAAUUCAAAUUCAAGUUCCCCAAAAACAAAUUGGCUGCAAUUAGCCAAGCCAUUCGAACAGGGACGAGCAAAACAGGAAAGAAGACUCCUGAGGUUGUUGUCUAUGAGGAUGGGGAGGAGAUUCCAUCGGACAAUAGGCUAGUGAAGGAGACUAAGGAGCAGGUCUCCUCCGCUAAUGAUACCAGACACUCAAAGUCACAUAGUCGGGUAGAAGAGCUCUGUAAGAAUACAUUUGAGUCUAUUGACAGUUUAGAAGAGUCCAUUAAACAGUUGGAAAUCAGUGUGGACAGUGUAACUGCCCUCCCCCACUUCCCCAAUUCUUCCUUUGAUUCCCCUGACAGAGCUCAGCUCAAAAGCACAGUCAAACGAGAAUGGAAGAGAAGCCCAUCUAAGAGACCAGCCACUCACAUCUUCAAGGGCCCAAAGCCACCUCAGAGUAAGAGGGCCAAACCACAGGCUCCACACAAAACAGGGAGAACCUCCACCAAGAAACAGACCUCCAGCAGCAGUUCCAGCUCUUCUGCUCAGCAUCUCCGUACAGAGUCUCACCACUCAUCUUCCUCUUGCUCGCCAGAGAAGACACCUCAGGGCCACAAGCAGUCUAGCCAGGCAGACAGCAGAAGCAGUAAAGCAGCCGGGGAUAGUAAACAUUCUGCCGUUGCUUUGCGUGUCUCUAAGAUACCAGCCUUGUGCCAUAACUCUGGGAAACACUCGUCUGCCUCUCUGUCCAUUCUCCACUGCUUAUACACCACCGAUAAAAACCUCCAAAACUUCUCCUUCUCCUCUACCUCUUCAGCUUCAGCUUCUUCCACCACCUCUUCUGUUAAACACUCUCUUCUGUCUCCUCCUUCACACCUCUCCAAGUGUCCUUCCCAUUUGUCCUCUCUUUCCUCUGCCCAGCGCUCCAGGCAAAAGUCUUGCUUGUGUCCCGUCUCCACUUCCUCCUCAGUGAAAAACUCAUUUUCAGUUUCUCCAUCAAACUCUCCACCUUCCCCCUCUCCAUCCUCCUCUCACAGCUCCUCUACCACGUCUCUGAAUCUGAGUCAUCUCCUCCCCUCAUCGAGCCACGCCUUGUCACCAUCCCACACUAAUGUCAACCUGACCCACCACUGGCCUCGCAACAGCAGCAGCAAACGCCUAGUCCUUGUCUCCACUUCCAGCAUCACCUCCCAGCACAGCUACUCUACAUUGUCCUACUCUUCAUGUUCAUCCUCUUCCACCUCCUCCUCCCUGUCCCCCACCUCCUCUUCCUCCUCCCCUCCCUCCCCAUCCUCCUCCCUCCUCCCCACCAUGGUGGGUCAUGGGGCAAGGAGUAUCCAGAUGUCAGGGUCCAUCCACUCUGUGGGUUGCGGAAAGAAUCGAGUGCGAGUCCCACGUACGGAGGCAGCAGCCUCAGAGGACACGGCAUGAGGUCAUACCUAAUACCUCAAAAGGGGCAAAAAAGGUAAUGCACAGCCCCUACAGCAAUACUGUGUGAUGUUUACUUUCCAACAUUUUUGGAUGGACAAAGAUGAGAAUAUUAAGACCUCAAUAAACAAAAGUCUAGCCUGAUAUUUAUAUACACUACUGCUGUACAACAGACAAGAAGAUCCCAGAAAUGAGCAAUACAGUGGCAUGCUUCAGAUUAUAGGCAGGUUGCAGCUCAUCACAGAUAUAUACACCAGAUAUGUCAAUCAAUAGGCAGCAAACCUGAGCACCAGCUCAUUUAAAACUAGUUUGUGAGUGCUGUUUAUUUUUAACUGUUAAAUGGAAUUAUCAUGGUUGUCAUUAUUUUUUAUUAAGAGAGAGCUUAAAAAAAUGUUUCAUCUGUCACCGAUCUGUGAAUUAAUCUUUAAGGUGUCUUUACCCGUGCUCUAUGUGCGCAGGUUAGAGGUUGGUGUCAUCAGAUGACAUGCAACAUUAAAACAAUAAAGGUUGGACCACCUAAACAGGUCUGACAAAACUAACAGGAGAGUGAGCAGAAAUCAGUAAAAAGUGCCAAUCCCAACUCUCAACAAUAGUUUUUUAUUUGAUUUGAAUAAAAUUGAAUAGACAGACAAACUGACUGACUGACUGACUGACUGACUGACUGACUAUGGAUACAGUCUGUGUGCUUUCACUGAACAUGGUUGAAUUCAUUUCUAUUAAAGGAUCAAGGUUGAUCAAUAUGCAGAGUUUACCUAAAAACAAUCUAUUGUGUACAGGUAAAAUGUGUCAGUUUGUAUGUAGAUGAAGUGUAAUGUAGAAAUGAUGUAUUAGACAGAUUCUAACAUAGCUGUUGAUCAUGUGCUCAUACAACAGUUUACAUUUGUGGUGACUUUUUGAAGUGACGAUUACCAAAAAAAAAAAAAAA